AGUAGCACUUCAACAAGUUCCUCAGCUACAUCCACCGCAACAAGUUCAACAUCAACAAGCACGUCAAGUAGCACUGCGACAAGUUCCUCAACAGCAUCCACUACCAUAAGCGUCAGCACUACGUCCUCGAUUACCAGCAGUUCAACAUCGACAAGCACAACAAGCAGCUCCAGUAGCAAGUUCACAAGUUCCACAACGGCAUCCACAACAACAAGUUCCAGCAGUACGUCCUCGACUACCAGCAGUUCAACACCGACAAGUGCAACAAGCAGCUCCAGUAGCACCUUAACAAGUUCGGCAACAACUUCCACAACGGCGAGUUCAACAAGUGUCUCAUCGACAUCAUUGUCCUCAAGUAGCUCGACUUCGACAUCCUCGACCACAUUGACCACAACCUCCACAUCGAAGUCCGCAACAUCAACAACUACCAGGUCAUCCACAACCACAGCAAGCGGCACAUAUACCAGAACAUCUACAACUUCAGUAUCAGUCACGCGGAGCUCAACAUUGACCAGCACUGCAACAAAAACAUCCACAUCAACUACGAUCCGAACUUUCAGUUCUACAUCAACUAGCUUCGUGACUGUCAGCUCAACAUCGACUGCAAGCAUGACAGCCACGUCAUCCUCAACAACGACAAGCGCAACUGCAACGACCAGCACGUCCACAUCGACAACAUCCUCGCAAAGUGUGACCAGCAGUUCAACCGCAACUGCAAGUACCAGAACGUCUACGACUUCAAUAUCAGUCACAAGGAGCUCAACAUUGACCAGCACUGCAACACAAACAUCAACAUCAACUACGACCCAAACUUUCAGUUCUACAUCAACUAGCUUCGUGACUGUCAGCUCAACAUCGACUGCAAGCAUGACAGCCACGUCAUCCUCAACAACGACAAGCACAAGUGCAACGACCAGCUCGUCGACAUCCACAACAUCCUCGCAAAGCAUGACCAGCAGUUCAACUGCAACUGCGAGCACAAGGACUACGACAAGAUCAGCGACGACUAGCACUACUGUGACACCAACAACUUCUACAUCUAUCUCAAGUUUGACCAGGACAAUAACCUUGACAACUUCCAGCUCUACUGCAACUAGCGCAACAUUCACCGGCACGACCACAAGCCUGACUGGCAGUUCAACUUCAACUGAUAGCAAGAGCAGCACGACAACUUUGACAACUUCAAGCUCAACAACAACAAGUGUCACAGCAAGCACAAGCAAGACGAGCACAACUACCGCCUCAACAACCAGCUCCACUACAAGCGCAACAACCUUAACGAUUUCCAGCUCGACAGCAACUAGCGCCACAUUCACCCGCACAAGUACGACAACCCAAACUGUUUCGAGUUCAACUGCAACAUUUGUCACAUCCACCACAAGCAAGACAACAACAAAUACUGGAACAAGCACUAGCUCCUCUACAAUCAGCACAACCUCCACUUCAAGCGAGACCAGCACAGUAUCCUCAACGACUCCUAGCUCCACUUCAACGACCUCUAUAUCCACCACAAGUUUGACCAGCACAACGACUGUGACAACUUCCAGCUCUACUGCAACUAGUGCAACAUUCACCGGCACGACUACAAGCCUGACUGCCAGUUCAACUUCAACUCAUAGCAAGAGCAGCACGACAACUUGGACGACUUCAAGCUCAACUGCAACAAGUGCAACAAUCAGCACGAGCAAGACAAGCGAGACUACCACCUCAACCACUAGCUCCUUUACACUCAGCGCCACCUCUACCACAAGCAAGACCAGCACAAUCACCUUAACAGCUUCGACCUUAACUGCAACAACCUCAACCUCCACUAGCUCUAGCACAUCCAGCUCCUCAUCGACCACUAGCCUCACCAGCAGCAGCAGCAGUUCCACCACAACGAGCUCCACAUCCACUAUGGAACGAGCUUGGUGUCGAAAGCUCUAUGGUGGCGUAUGUGUAGCAUCGGAGGCUUGUGAAGCUGAGAACCUGGAACAUGAUCAGUGCUUCAUCCCCGUGCCGGACAGCAACAACACGUGCGGCACCAGGGUUUGCCCCAGCAGCUCCUUGAGCUCUGGUGGCAGCUGCCGAAGCUGUGCCACCUUGGUGUUGGAAGAUUGGAAUCAAGAUGUGGUUCUGUCUGGAGAACUUCGAUGGGCUGCCUUUGGGGAGACAGAAGAUCAGGAGAACCUGCUGGAAGGAUACCAUGUCUUUGCCAUUGAUGACUGCGGACAAGAGCUGAUGUUGCUGGACAGCGUCCCAGUUCAAUCUGGCAAGACCAGUCUGCUGGAUUGCUGCUCCCUGGGCUGGUACUACUCCAGCAUCGAGCACCAUGUGCCUCGGGAGACAGCUGGCCUUAUGAUCUCAUCAUGGCAGGAGGAUAUGGGCACUGUGCUUCCGUUUCUUGAAGACGCUCCUUCAACCACAACAUCCACAACACUAUCCGUGACAUCUUCAUCUACCGGAUCUUCCACAUCCAUGACAGCUUCCACCUUAUCUGCCACAUCUACAACCACGCCCACGACCACCAGCACCAUGCUGCAGGCACUUGAAGCACAAGGAUGCCUGGGCCUAUCCACUGACAAUGCGGAGCUUUUCAUUGAGAACCCUGAGGCUGCCAAGGAGGUGGCACAGAAGACCAUUGCCGACACAACGGGGGAAGACCUAUCCCACGUGGAGGUGACUGAGAUGUUACUGGGUGGCUGUGAUGGGACUGGCGCUCGGCGAUUGCAGCAGGUGCAGCAGGUGUCGUUCAGUUUUGUCAUCCGUAUCCCAAUCCAGCCAGCUGUGGCAGAUUUGUCAAGUGCAAGACUCCAAGCAGCUGUCCAGAGCAUGGAGCAGGCUUCAGUGGAACAGGUGACCCAGAUCUUCAACGAAAGACUUCAGGAGGACACGACCUUUCAGGGUCGAGUAACCGCAGAGGUCACGUCCAUGGUGGUAGAUGCUUCAUCCAUACAGCCUUUGACCACUCAGGAAGUCAUUCUGCCUCAUUCGACGAGACAACCACUUAUCAGCGAGGAUCCACCAAAAGAAGCUGCUUUUGAUCGGAUGACUGUCUUGGCGCUGAUCCUGGCAGCCGUACUGGUGACCUUCUGUUGUGCGAUGGUGACCUACUCGCAAAUCACCCGCAAGUUGGCAGUGAGGAGAGCCAAGGAGAUGGAACAGAUGGAGGAUUCCUUCAGCAGGAUGAUGGGCUUGCCGGAUGAUGAGCCACCUCAGCCAGAUGUUCUUGAGAGGAUGCCUGAGUUGGAAUGGGACAGCAUGCCAAGUGUCCAUGAUGAGCACAAUCCCAUUGAGGUGGCAACCACUCGGACCCGCCUCAGAGAGAGAGCCGUGAUAAUGCAUGAGCACCAGCCGAUCGAGGUCGCGCAGCUGCAGGAGAUCACUGAGCAGCUGGUUGAAGGAUGCCCACAGUCAACGUUGGAGCCGACCGAGGAUGUGGACCUUUAUGCUCAACUCGAUGAGGAGCAUGAUGUGACGCUGACUUUGGCCGCGCAGGCCGACUUCAUGAUGCCCGAGGUGAUGGAUGAGCACACACCGCAGACACGGAAGGCGGGUGGAUGCCUUUGGGAGCCACUCCCCAGGAGUUCCGGGCCACUGGGACUGGCGCCGUCCUGUGCAAGCUGCGGUACGACGGCCCGUGGCAACGCGCCGUGAUGCAUCAACCCGAUGGAGUCCGAAGGAGGAUUUACAGUUAUUGGAAGGCUACAGGUUGGCGAUGCCGGCUGCAAAGCAAGCCAAGCAUCCCUGAGCCGCUGUUGAACCUGGCCGCCCUGAUUAUACAAUUUUUCUUUGCAUUUUCCACCAGAUAGAACUCCAGCCUUCGACUUCUUUGAUGUCU